ACUGAAACCCUUCUUCUUGGCUUGUGCAACUUUUCACCGGCAAAAUGUCAAAAUGGUGGCGAUUGGCCUCCGGCGGCCUAAAGACGACGUCGACGGAGUUAAGACAAAGAUCUUUCCACACGAUCCAAGCCAUUCCAAGAGACUUCACCGGUAACAGAGUCUCUGCUAGAGACAGAGCUCAAGGCCGGAUUCCAGCCGUCGUUUUCGCUCAAUCAAAUGCUACCGGAGGAACCCAGACCGAUAGGUCAGUAUCCAGAAAACAGCUUCUUACUACUGAGAAGAAGCAGAUUCAAUCGAUCCUGGAGUCCGUAAAUCCAUCCUUCUUUUACUCUACCAUUUUCCCUCUACAUAUCCGGGCUGGUUCCGGAUCAUCGAUGCUUCUUGAAUCCGGAAACGUUCUCCCUGUUAAGCUUCAUAGAGAUGAGGAAACUGGAAGGAUUCUGAAUUUGGUUCUUGUCUGGGCUGAUAAGGGUACUGAACUUAAGGUUGAUUUACCGAUUGUGUAUAAAGGAGAAGAUGUCUGUCCUGGUUUGAAGAAAGGAGGGGUUCUUCAAAAAAUUAGAACAAGUAUAAGAUAUAUGUGUCCUUCAGAACAUAUCCCACAGAAAAUUGAGAUUGAUUUGAGCAAUCUUGAUAUUGGAGAUAGGGUUCUUAUGAAUGAUCUUAAGGUUCAUCCAGAACUAAAGCUUCUUAGUAAAAAUGAAACAAUGCCCGUCUGCAAGAUUGUUACAACAGAUAUGGAAUUUCCAGAACCUGCAGAAGAAGCAGCUGAAUCAGAACCUUAAAUGGGUGUUUUUUUUAAAACCAAAGUCUGAGAAUUUAUUGCACGGGAAGCAUAAUAGAUGAUUAUGGCACAUGAAAUGUAGUGUUGUUGGACUUUUAUCUUUGGAUCUUGGAAUUUGGGUAACAAACAAGUCAUGAGAUUCAUGCAAGAUGUUAAUUGUGCCCUGUAAUUGCUGUUUGAACUUUGAAAUGGAAAAUCAUGCCCUAAUAAUUUGUUCACUGGUUUCUAGUUUCUACUA